AUGGAGACGAAUGGUAUUGAUGAUAAUCAAACGGCCCUGAUCUUCCUCGGAACUGGCUGCUCCGGUGCAGUUCCCGAUUUUCGAUGCUUACUCCAGCCAUCAGAUCCUCCUUGCCAUGUCUGUUCUCAGUCCCUCUCUUUAUUACCUCACCUUAAUCCUAAUUACAGAUGCAAUACAUCGCUCUUGAUUGAUUAUUGCUGCGAGGAAGAAGAUGGUAGACAUUAUUACAUAAUCAUAGAUGUUGGCAAGAGUUUUAGAGAGCAAGUCCUUCGUUGGUUUACGUGCUACAAGAUCCCACGAAUUGAUUCCAUCAUUCUAACUCAUGAGCACGCAGACGCAAUUCAUGGCCUAGAUGAUAUUCGAUCCCUUCAACCACGUGGUUUAGCUAUUGACACCAAACCACUUCCUGUCUUUUUAUCUCAGUUUACAAUGGAAAGCAUUUCUACGAGGUUUCCUUAUUUGGUUGAAAAGAAGGUUAAGCAAGUACCUAGACGGGUUUCACAGCUUGAUUGGAGAAUCAUCGAAGAGAACUGUGACAAACCAUUCACUGCCUCAGGCUUAUCUUUCACUCCUCUUCCAGUGAUGCAUGGAGAGGAUUACGUUGCUUUAGGUUUCCUCUUUGGUCAUAAAAGUAAAGUGGCUUAUAUAUCAGAUGUAUCACGUAUCCCACCUACUACAGAGUAUGCCAUUUCUAAAGCUGGAGCUGGACAAUUAGAUCUUCUUAUCCUGGAUACAAAUAUACCAUUUAAGAGAGGACUACAACCUACACACAUAUGUUUUCCUGAGGCUCUUGAGAUUAUAAAGAGGCUCUGUCCAAAGAGAGCGCUUUUAACGGGAAUGACACACGAUUUUGAUCACCAUGAAUACAAUGAGAUGCUUGCAGAAUGGUCUCUAAGGGAAGGAAUCCAUGUACAGCUUGCUCAUGAUGGAUUAAGGCUUCCAAUAAACUUAUGAAAUGGAGAGACUAGUCUCAUGAUUCUUGUUACCAAUUGUAUGAUGGAAAAAUCUGAAUAUUGAUACAGAAAUAAAAUCUCUUCUUAUUUACUUUAUUUGGGAAUGGUUGGAAAUCUUUAGACCAAUAUCUUGAAACAACUUCUCUAGUUCUGAAAUCUCCUUCUCAAGAUCCACUUCAUCUUUUCUUGUGACAUUCUCAUGCAAUUCCAUUAGCCUCUGAGCCCCAGCAUUCACUUCUUCUGCAGAAUCUUUAAGAACUUGUCUCAUCGAUCCAUUUUCCUCUUGAACUUCUUUGUAUCUCCUUUUAAGAGAUCUGUAUCCG